AUGGCUCCCUCCGCUGUCGAGACCCAGGACGUCAACCUGACGGCCGCCGCCAUCCACAAGAAGGAGGCCGCUCAGCCUGCCAUCGCCAACGGCCAGUCCAACCAGGCUCCCCUCGACGCCUCCAAGCUCACCUACACCUACACCCAGAACCCCCGCGCCGUCCCCGAUGAGGCCUCUGCCCACGCCGGCGACGAGACCAUCGCCACCGACCACAUGGUCCUCGCUUCCUGGCACCAGUCCACCGGCUGGGCUGCUCCCGAGCUCAAGCCCUACGGUCCUCUGAGCCUCAUGCCUACCGCCUCGGUCCUGCACUACGCUACCGAGUGCUUCGAGGGUCUCAAGGUCUACCGCGGUUACGAUGGCAAGCUCCGCAUCUUCCGUCCUGACCGCAACGCUGCUCGUCUCCGAAUGUCUGCCGGCCGAAUCUCCCUCCCCAUCUUCGAGCCCUCCGAGAUCGAGAAGCUCAUGAUCGCCCUUCUUUCCGUCGAUGGCCCCAAGUGGCUCCCCAAGGACCAGCCUGGCAACUUCCUGUACAUCCGACCUACCGUCAUUGGCACCGCUCCUCAGCUCGGCGUUGCUGCUCCCAAGGCCGCCCUCCUCUACAUCAUUGUCACUUUCAUGCCCCGUCUGGAUGCUCCCGCCGGCGGAAUGCGACUUCACACCUCUCCCGACGACAUGGUCCGCGCCUGGGUCGGUGGCUUCGGCUACGCCAAGGUCGGCGCCAACUACGGCCCUUCCCUGCUGGCCACCGCCGAUGCCAGAACUCGCGGCUACCACCAGAUUCUCUGGCUUUACGGUGCUCAGGGCGAGUGUACCGAGGCCGGUGCCAGCAACUUCUUCGUCAUCUGGAAGCGCAAGGACGGCAAGAAGGAGAUCAUCACUGCUCCUCUCGACGAUAAGCUGAUCCUCGACGGUGUUACUCGACGAAGCUGCCUCGAGCUGGCCCGCGAGCGAUUGGGCGACGAGUACGAGAUUACUGAGCGAAAGUACCACAUCGCCGAGGUUAUCGAGGCCGACGCGGAAGGCCGAAUCAUUGAGGCUUUCGCUGCUGGUACUGCCUACUUCAUCUGCCCCGUCUCCCAGAUCCACCACCGUGGCAAGGACAUCAACAUCCCCAUGGGUGCUGAGGGUGCGCCUGGAGAGGUCACCAGCAAGAUCAAGGGCUGGCUGGGUGACAUCAUGUACGGCCGUACCCAGCACCCCUGGGGUGUUGUCAUCCCCGAGAAGCAAUAA